AUGAGGAGCGACCCGAAGGGAACGUUGUUGUUUCAUUUUGGAUCAAUUACGGGCGACGCCGAAAACAUCAACAAGCAGGCGCGCCCUGUGCGCACCAACUGGAUCAAGAACAAGCAAGCGGCAAACGGCCUCUCUUUUGGGCUCGAGCAGGCUCUUGCGCCGUCACCGACCGACGGCUCGCACGGCCGUGCGGUGAGCAAAAAUUUUGGGUCGCUGCGCGCCUGCCGGAUGCUCUGCGACGUCUGGACGCUCGCCAGAAACGCCAGGAAGCUUGCCUUCCACCCCUGUGCCCGAGGGCGAACGGCAGUGGUCGGCAGCCUCUGCGACGCUCCGAUCGGCUCCUCGACCUCAUCGCCUGCGACGAGCCAGCAUGGCUCGUCGCUCGACGGCAGCCUGCCCAGUGCGCUCUUGGCAUUCUGUACAGCCUCGCCAAGCUCUCUGUGA